AUGGUGCCGCGACCCGGGAGUACUACUUCGAAUGACGGGCUAACGAUCCAAGAGGCAUCGGAGGCAGGUGCGCGGUCGGCUGGAAGGUCGCCGACUGCAGGAGAGCACAGUGAGAGACCUGUCGCGUCGUGGAGCUCUGAGGGAACCUUCACGACAGGCCACGGGGCCAGCGACGACCAGGAGGGCUACGAAGAACAGUUUGCCGUUCCCGAUGUGGCUCCCGACGAGGGAGCCGCGAAGGGCCGCGACGCAAGUCGCGGUCCUACCGGUCGGAAGCCUGCAAAGGCCGACGACCAACAACAACCCACCGCCAAGGCAGCCACGAAGCGCAAGUCGCCCAAGAGGAGGAAGAAGAAGAAACUGCGCGCGCCGGACUCGGCGGAAGCGUCGCUGUCCAAGCCGCAAGGCAAGGACGCGGGGCGCCAGUACACCGUCGAAGAGGUGCGGUACGUCGUGGCACGCACUGAGCUCUUUCGGCUGCUGGAGCAAGACCCGAUCUUGGUCUUCCUCAAGCCCAUGCUGAUGAGCAACUUCACGGGCCCCUUCGUCGCGCCGGACUUCGAUAGUCUCACCAGCGUCGCCCACGCCGCGCCGAUUCUCUUCCAGAUGCUGCGUGAUUCGGGAUUCGUGCUGGGAUCUUUCGAGAUGGAGAAGCUGUGCGACUGGGAUCUCAAGUCCUGGUUGCGCGCGAUUCGCGUCGUGCAGGAGCCCUUGACGAUUCUCGCCGGAUCCGUCAAACAAGACGCGACGAGUUUCUCAGCGGGCCAAGGCGCGCCGAGUUCCUCGACGGGCUCAGCCCAGACCUCGACGACCACGCCCUCGCCGCCACCUCGAUACCAAUCGAGUGUGGACUUCAAUAGCAGCUUCGAGUCGCGCAAGCGCAAGUCUCCGGAGAAGCUCUGCGCGCCGGUUUCAGCGGAUGGACCGCCGGUCAAGGCGAGAGGCGAUGACACGGGGAAUCAGUUCACUGCAGCAGAGAUGAGGUAUAUGCUUGCUGGAGUGGAGCUGAUCUGGCUGCUGGAGCACGAUCCGAUCCUGCGUUUCAUCAAGCCCAACGCGAUCAAGUUCACGGGUCCUUUCCGGGUGCCGGACUUUGACAUGCUCACGAACGUCACGCGAGCCGCAGGGACACUCUUCGAGAUGUUGCACGAAUCAGGCUUCAGCUUGGGCAUCACCAAGAGGACGGGAGUGUAUGACUGGGACGUCGAGUCGUGGACACGUACGAUCCGCGGCGUCUUGGGACCGUUGACGGUCCUGGUCGGAUCCAUCCAACGCAAGGUGACUCCGCCUGGGACGCGCCCAAUCUCAACGCAGAUGAUAACUUCGUACCAGGCUGAGUCGAGCGUGCAUUCCACGUCGAGGUCCAAACCCCGACGCGACGUAGAUGACGAACCCGCCGACUUGUUUAACGUGGACUUCGGGAUGCCGAAAACCACGGCCGCGACCUCAACCACGACUUCGCCUGAACUGGACGAGGUUUUCAACCAUCUGAGCGAGCCGCCGCGCGCUACGCCCCGUGAGGUCACGCCAGAGCGUAUCAAGGUUCUGCCGGAUCUGAAGGAAGCAAUUCCUAAGGCGCUGGAAGAGGCGAAUACGCGCUCUACGAUAACUCAGGCGUCGAAUACCCAUAAAAUGUCGACGCGGGACGCGUCGAAGGAGAUGCGCCAGCAAGGACUUGGUAAUCACACCGUGAUGUCCGUAGCAGUGCCGGUUGCGACGACAUCCAGGCGACCGUUGGGCACGGCGCGGGCCUCUACGACUCCCGAGCAAUCGCGUUACGACGCACGAGUGCGGCCGGUCUCACUCGACGCACUUAAGCAACUCGACCCAGGGCAAACACUCGACGUCCGCCUGCGCUCCAGCCGAGAUGCACCGCGCCUGUGGGUCACGCGCAGCAAAACGUGGGUUACAACCAGGUUUAAGACUAAGAUCGAGCGACAAACAUACCUGCGGGUGACCAACGUCACGGACGAGACAAUAACGCUCGACACAGGCACGAACGUGGGUUGGUGGACACCCUCUGAUGUGUUUCCGCCUGCGCCCCGCUUCGUGCUGGCGACUAAUCGACAGUACCAAGAUUGGCAAAACCUUGCGUAUGAAGUGACCUGCGACGAGGACGAGACCUGGUGUGACGACGAGCUCGUCUGGCCCAUGUAUGGAUGGCCGACGUACGAAGAUCUGGAAUUCGACGCGCGUCGAGGUGAGCUAGAGGAAGAAGUUCACGCGGAUAGCAAGCCCACAUCGUACCCAGUAGUCGCUGUGAAGUCACGAACAGCGGGGCUGACCCGUGCGCCAGCGGUGGAGACGUCGUCGGUGAGCAAGUUGCAGACGCGUGGCCACUCGACGCUGUCGCGCGUGGUGUUGAAGACAUGGGUCGACGUAGUAACGACGUGUGUACGGUCGGACCACGGGUCGCAGAGAAGCGACAAUACGGGGCGCCCAGCUGAAGCGUCGCGAGUCGAACAACUCGUCGAAGGUGCGUCGGGCGACGAAGCGCGAGGCGCGCCGUCCAGCGGAAGGUCGCAGCAAUGCGACAGGGUGCGACAGUCGAGCGAACGCGCGCAAGUUGCAAAAUCCAACAGGGACAAGUGCGACAGUAAGCAGUCCCAGAAGCAGUCCCAGAAGUGCGACACCGUGAGACGGACGGAAUGUGACACCGUGCGACAGUCGAGCGAAGGGUCGAGGGGACGCGACGACGUGAGACUGACCGAAUGUGACACUAUGCGACGGUCAGUAGCGAGGUCUCAGACCUGCGACGGUAUGCGACUUGGGGACAAAGCUGGAAAAUGGCGUCUUUGGCGACAUUCCGCCCUCGAGCCCGUGAAGAACAAGCCGAAUGUGAACUUCGACGUGGUCGACGAGGGGCCUGACGGUGGCGGCACUGGAGGACCACCGGGGUCUGCACCAAAAGAGAGGCACCGCGCCAUAAACCUAGAUCGAUUGGUCAACCCUGAGCAAGAUGCUGGUCCGAAUUGCGCGAUCUAUCGAAGUGGCGGGUACGCCGCGGCGGGGCGAGUGGUGCGAUUUCCUGUGGACAAGCCCGAAUGCCACGGCGCGCCACCUGGAGGAUUGCUGGCGAAGGUACCAGCUGUCACUCGACGGAUGUCCAGUGAACUCAAUAAGUCUGCGGUCCUGAAGAUGGCGGGCAAGGCGGGCGACGAGCCACGCAGCCUGCAGCUACACCGACUUCGAACGUGUGACGCACUACACGUACAACCGCGUUACGGCGUACGUCGAGGCGGGAACACGGGGCCGGACGCACCUGUUGGAUGCGUACGACGAGAUCAAGAAGACAGCGCGACGAAUAACUCGUCGCAGAUCCGGUGCGCGGAGACGAUGCACCGCCGAGAGGUCACCGGGAAAUCGGAUCCUGGGGAACGCGGUCAACGCUCCGCGGCGGCCGGUUGCACUGGCGCGAUGCACAGGGCGAAGGACGGUGCCGACUCGGCGAAGACUCAGGUGGGGGUCAUCCAGCCUACUACAGCGCAGAACGCGUCGAGCCCGAGCGCGACGAGGGUGCCAGACCCACGUUGCAACACGGACAGUCGCACUGACGCGAGACGCGGGACGAGCGACGGUGACGCCAGCGCAGCAGGGGCAGGGGUGUUUGUCAUACAGCCGGCGGAUCACUCGCGAGAAGACAUCCGACCCCGGACGUUAGAUCCAGAAACAGCGUCACCUGUCAACCUCGUCGCGGAAGAUUGCGACGCGAAAAAACUCGACGUGGAAAAUCUCGACGCGGAACGCGACGAGGGAAACUGCGACGAGGCCAAACCUGUCGUCAACGUGCCGGAACGAGACCCGCCGACGCCGGAGAACAUGGAUUUGGGGCGCGGGACGGCAUACGUCCUCGUGGUGACGAUGCACUCGGCUUCUACACGCGCGACGAACCCCAGAGGCAGAGCUCCAGGUGUCCUACAAGAGCUGGCUGCUCAGAACCCGUCGAGCCUCGUCAAGACCCCUCCCAGAGCGGCUAAAGGCGCAGAGAGUCAUGGCCCCGGGCAUUUUACGGGGCGCGGUGCGCUGGACGAAGACGCGUCUUGCGUCGGAUCUGGUUGUGCAUUCAAGUUUUUGGGUGGCGUGUGGGUCGCUACGAGAAACACGUCACGCGUCGGUACCCAGUCAAAGCGCCUAGGGCUAUGCGUUCGACAGCACCGCCGACUCGCGCAGGUGAACGCGCUAGAAGUCGACCAAGGUGUACACGUCGCAGAUCGGACUCGGGGCGGAGUCGCGACGACGGACACGGCUGAAGUCAAUUUGCCGAUACGGUAUUGCUUGGAUUGCGACAGCCCCGGUCUCCCCCACUAG